GGCGGGGCCCCGCAGCGCUGCGGCAUCCGCACCUCGGACAUCAUCAUCCUGCCGCACAUCGUGCUCAACCGCCGCACCUCGGGCAUCAUCGAGAUCGAGAUCAAGCCCCUGCGCAAGACGGAGAAGAGCAAGUCCUACUACCUGUGCACCUCCGUCUCGGCCCCCGCCGCCGCCGCCCUGGGGCCCGGCACUCCCGGGGGGCUGGCAGGGGCCGAGGGGCCGGCGGGACCCCCGCCCUGGGGUGAGACCACUUGGAUCUACCACGACGGCGAGGACACCAAGAUGAUCGUGGGUGAGGAGAAGAAGUUCUUGCUGCCCUUCUGGCUGCAAGUUAUCUUCAUCUCUCUCCUCCUGUGCCUCUCGGGCAUGUUCAGUGGCCUCAACCUGGGCCUGAUGGCCCUGGACCCCAUGGAGUUGCGCAUCGUGCAGAAUUGUGGCACGGACAAAGAAAAGAACUAUGCCAAGCGCAUCGAACCUGUCCGGCGUCAGGGCAACUACCUGCUGUGCUCCCUCCUGCUCGGCAAUGUCCUGGUCAAUACCACACUUACCAUCCUGCUGGAUGACAUUGCCGGCUCUGGGCUGGUGGCCGUGGUGGUCUCCACCAUCGGUAUCGUCAUCUUCGGCGAGAUCGUGCCGCAGGCAAUUUGCUCUCGGCACGGCCUGGCCGUGGGCGCCAACACCAUCUUCCUCACCAAGUUUUUCAUGAUGAUGACCUUCCCGGCCUCCUACCCCGUCAGCAAGUUGCUGGACUGUGUCCUGGGCCAGGAGAUCGGCACGGUCUAUAACCGUGAGAAGUUGUUGGAGAUGCUGCGGGUCACCGACCCUUAUAACGAUCUAGUCAAGGAGGAGCUCAACAUUAUCCAAGGAGCCCUGGAACUGCGCACUAAGACCGUGGAGGAUGUGAUGACUCCCCUCCGAGACUGUUUUAUGAUUGCUGCCGAGGCUGUGCUCGACUUCAACACUAUGUCUGAGAUCAUGGAGAGUGGUUACACCCGCAUCCCCGUUUUUGAGGGUGACCGCUCCAACAUCGUGGACUUGCUCUUUGUUAAGGACCUGGCUUUUGUGGACCCCGAUGACUGCACGCCACUAAAGACCAUCACCCGCUUCUACAACCAUCCUCUGCACUUUGUGUUCAACGACACCAAGCUCGAUGCCAUGCUGGAGGAGUUCAAGAAAGGCAAGUCUCACCUGGCUAUAGUACAAAGAGUAAACAAUGAAGGAGAAGGGGAUCCUUUUUAUGAAGUUCUGGGAAUUGUCACUUUAGAAGAUGUGAUUGAAGAGAUCAUCAAGUCUGAAAUUCUGGACGAAACAGAUCUAUACACUGAUAACAAGACGAAAAAGAAAGUAGCUCAUCGGGACAGGAAGCAGGACUUCUCUGCCUUCAAGCAGACAGACAGCGAGAUGAAGGUUAAAAUAUCACCACAGCUCCUCCUGGCAAUGCACCGGUUCCUGGCAACAGAAGUAGAAGCGUUUGGUCCAUCCCAGAUGUCAGAGAAGAUCCUUCUCAGGCUGCUAAAACAUCCCAACGUCAUCCAGGAGCUGAAAUACGAUGAGAAGAACAAGAAAGCCCCAGAACACUACCUCUACCAGCGAAACAAGCCCGUCGACUACUUUGUUCUCAUUUUACAGGGGAAAGUGGAAGUGGAGGCUGGGAAAGAGGGGAUGAAGUUUGAAGCUGGUGCUUUUUCCUACUAUGGGGUGAUGGCCCUCACAGCAUCACCAGUUCCCUUGUCCCUGUCUCGUACCUUUGUUGUCAGCAGAACAGAGUUGUUAGCAGCAGGUUCUCCAGCUGAAAACAAGUCUCCGCCUCGGCCCUGUGGCUUGAAUCACUCAGACUCUUUAAACCGAGGUGAUCGCAUCGACGCAGUGACACCGACGUUAGGGAGCAGCAACAACCAGCUGAAUGCAUCCUUCCUUCAAGUGUAUGUCCCGGAUUACUCAGUGAAAGCGCUCACAGACAUUCAGUUUGUCAAGAUCUCAAGACAGCAGUACCAAAAUGCCCUGAUGGCAUCUCGGAUGGACAAAACACCUCAGUCCUCGGACAGUGAAAACACUAAAAUCGAACUGACUCUUACGGAGCUGCAUGACGGUUUGCCGGAUGAGACAGCAAACCUGCUGAACGAGCAGAACUGUGUGACUCACAACAAGCCCAACCACAGUAUGCACAGUGAAGGAGCCAUCUAGGAGCUGACUCCCCACAACCCACCCAUCCCUUCUCCUCAGCAGGACCAGCCCUCGCUCCUUCCUGCCUCCUCCCCAAGUGUGAACACCGUUAGUAUGUGCUUGCAACACUGUGCUGCAUCCAGUGUUCUGAGACCAAAGACUUUUGCGUCCGUUCUGGGAGCAGAAGAGAAAGAAACAGGAAGAAAGGAGCAAAGAGCAAGAGAGACUAAAGCCCCAAACGUAAUUUGGGAAUGGUGAGCCACCCUUGAGAACGAUGAAAAUUCUUCUUGCAAAGUAGAAUUAUGUUUAUUUUUUAUCUGUAUUUUUGAUCCUUUUCAGGUUUUUCCUCCUCAAACACAUAUGGAGAAGUUUAAAAGCUCCUCCAGUUAUUUUUUCAAGAGAGCUCAUGUUUUUAAAAAGUAUUUUGCAGAGUUUUAAAUUGUUUCUGUCCUUCAUGAACCUGAAAUGGGCUCUAUCAUGGUUUUGUGAAUUGGCUCCAAUGUCCUUAGGGCUCUUCUCACCCCUUUCUGGUCCUUUUUGUUGCCCUGUUGAAAAAGUUAGUAACUGGUACUUGUAUGUUAUUUGUGUCUUAAGAAUGAGCGAGCUUAAAGGAACCUCUGGUUUCAGCCACCUGGAGGGCCAAGGCAUGAGGAUUAUUCCAUUCUUCCAGUUGAAUUUCAGGGAAGGAGCGGUUACUUUGGUAUUUAAUGAUCUUUCAAAUUUCAGAAGGUUUCUUUGUAAAACAGGCAAAAGCAUUGUUACACUUACAGUUUUGUAACCUCCAAAACCUUUGUCUAUGUUGAAGAUGAUACUGGGGCAAAGGAACUAAGUAGCAAAACUGCAGUCUUGUGAAAUGAAAGCUGGGCAUAAUUUUCCAUAGUGAAGUAAGUGGGUGAUUUUUCAUUGAUGUUUCUGACAAUUGCAUGGUGAAGUAAUGUGUGCACCCUGAAAUGACAAGGCUUCAGGCACUCCCAUGCCAUAUGCUCUGCACACCAUUACUUUGGCCAGAGCAGAUGUGCAGCCUUUGCUACAUCACAGAAUAUGCUGAGUUGGAGCAAUAGAUGAGUAUCAGAAUGUCAGUCCCUGCGCCCCCUUUAAUCUAAUAUUAACACGAAAGAUGCUGCUACAAUUACACCAAAAGUACGUGCUCCAGGUGACAGUAAACCUCUGCCAGUGCAACAAUGGGCUCUGCUGAGGAGUCAGAACCAUCCUCUCCUCUCCAAGAACUGACAAAACUUUCCAGACGCGAGUGUAUUGCACUUCAGGGAUUCGGAGAGGUUCAUUUCCAGGCUGUUUCCAGCCACAUUCCUUCCUUUGAGUGGAUUUAGUGCAUUUCCUUCUCUCUUGUCCCAUUUAUCAGCCAUUUUAGGGAUUACCAUGGUAGCAGAACAGAGAGCCUCACACCCAGCUGCCACUGGUGCAGGGCAUCCUUGGGCAGCAGGAACCACUUCCUUCACACCAAAAAUCUGGAUGCAGACUGGGUGCAAGCAAGAGGCACCCCAUGGCAGUUGUAUAUCACCCAUUCCCCACUCCCACAGAUGGACUCUUAAGUCCUCAAAUAAAAAAGAAGAAAGUUAUCCCCCCAAUUCUCUCCCCUUCUAAUGCUGUCUCAAACAAAAUGUGAACAUUGCCCUCUGUAUCUGGAUUAGUAAAUCGGGCGUUGCGGUUUCCCUGUUUCAAGGCCCUGCCGUGGCCCCUGCCUAUGUAGCAUUUCCCUUCCUUUCUUUACACCUGGAUAAUCUCUUUGGGAAUAACCCAAAGAAGCCCCCAGCCCCAAAUGCAACUGCCAGAGCUCUCUGUGCCUGCACACCUGCCCCAUCUCUCUUGCUCACGGGCUGGGGAAGGCACUUGCUUCAAGUUCCCGCGGUCCUUCUGUGUGGCUGGAAAGGUGCAAUAUUCUGUUGCAGGAUCUCCCUACAGGAAAUUGGAGUGCCUGGUAUCAGAGCCAAUUGGGUCUGCCUGUGUGUCCCUCCUCCUCUCUUUCGGCUUCAGAAAGCAGCCCUAAUUUUGCUGUCCUCCCCUUUGGCAAGGGUUCACUUCUUCCUUGGAGCCACCCAUGAGGAUGAAGUCCCCAAAAAGGGGCACAGAAAUUGCACAGUAUCAAACUUGUGCACCCAGUGAGGAGGAAAACAGGGCCCCCAAAACCUUGCUCUCACAUUUAGUUUUGUAUUAACUUUUUUUGAGUCCUAUCUGAAAGCGUUUCCUUAGCCUCCAUCCUUGCUCUGAUGUGCACCAGCCCACCACUGCUGAGAGCACACGGCUCAGCGUCAGCACGGGCUGACCUGAGUCCUGUGGUUCCCAGAGAGCUGCCAAUAUUGCACCUUUCUCACAGAGCAAAAUGUUGAGAUGUUACAGCGUCUGUCCUCGGCGAAGGACUCACCUCGCCAGUUUUUAUCUAGUGUUGUGAAUGUAAAAGUUUGUCAGAAGUGUUUGACUCGGUGGUGAACUUGAGAUGCAGUAUCCGUUUUGUCAAACCUGCCAAAGGAGGGAAGGCUCAAGUCAAGGCAGCUCUCUCUGGGAUGAGGUUGCUCCCUGGAUCUGACUUCUGCUUCUUAUGGCAGGUUAUGGAUUUGUUUCAAUGUCUGUUUCCCUUUUUAAAAAAAAAAAAAGAAAAAAAAGAAAAAAAAAAGGAAAAAAAAGCACCAGUUUUUCCAACCAAAGCCAUGUGAUCCCAAAGCAAAUACCUCCUGCUUCUGCCCAUGCUGCACUGUUCCAAAAUUUGCAGGCAAUUUUUUGCAUGUCUGUUUUUCAUCAUUUGUACAGAUCCAGUAAUGGAAAGUGAAAUAAUUUCACUUAAUUUCCAUAAAAAUAGUUGAUCAUAGAUGUUUCAUAUGGAAAAUAUGUACCUGACCCAGAGGGGUUAGGAGCUGCUACUGCUAAUUAGCUUGAAGAAUAAAGCAUGGUCCUCUCCUUGGAGGGGAAGAAAUCCAGUCUCCCUGUUCUCAGGGUAUUUACAGUUUUACUGUUUAACAAAUGCGAGGGGUUCCUGACCCUCUUGGUGGGCACCAUCACAAGCAGAGGAGCCCGGUGCCCUGCUCAGGAUCACUUCUGAGCCUCUGGACAGCGUUUGCCAAUGCCGGGGCUUGGCUCUCCUGACCGCACUGGAGACGCCACGGCAUCUGAGUCUGUGCCCUUGCAGGGGGUGUCCUGCCCGAGCAGAUCUACUUUCUCUGCCUUGCUGGUUGCCUGCCUGCAUUCCGGGGGACUCAGAUGCUGGAUGCUGUGCCACAGUGCCAUAAGGACAUGUGGCCAGUCGGUUGUCACCGCAGCGCAGGGCACCAGCUGGUGGCUUUGGGAAUCGUUGGACUUGACCUCAGACCUUGGCCAGGCUUUGACUUGUAGAAAGGAUACUGCAUCUUCCUAUGUCAACUCCUGCUGCUGCCUUUGUUCCCCUCGUCCGUCUGCCUCUGGGUGCAGGCAGCGGGGCGGACAAUGGCCUGUCAGUCGGGGGAGGCUGGGAGGGCAUCUAGCCAUGGUUUCUACUGUCAAUACAAUUUUGCACAAGAGUUCUUUGAAGUGAGGUUUUCAACACUAAUAUCUUAAAUGCACAACUGUGAAUUAUAACUUUUACACUCCUGUUGGUUGAAUUUCCUUUAAACGAAAUGAACCUGAAUCUGUUGUAACUAUGAUUUUUUUUUUAAUUCUGUGUAUUGCCAAAUCUUUGUAAAGAGUGAAGGAAUGUUCUUGCUUUCCAGUGAGAAUCUUUCUCCGAAUGAGACUGACUUUGGUGAUGUGGAGAUCAUAUGAAGCACACUGGUUCUGAGAGGAGAGGGGCUCAGGGUGGGCUUAGCAAACCAGCGUCAGCUGCUCUGUGGACCACAAGCUCAGACCCUCCAGAGUUUACAAAGCACUUGUUUUUUUCCCAGCUUGCCCAUUUCCUGAAAUCCCUGUGCAGCUGAAGGCUGCUGCCCUAGAGGAGGUCUGGAUGGGUUAUCCCACAGUGGGACGAGGGAUGCUGGCAGGGUGUCUGGGCUGGCUGGUGGGCAGGGGCCCUGAGGCUGGCAUGGCAGGACAAGGUGCUUCCCCCAUCCCGAUGCACCAGCAGAGCAAAUUCCACUGGGCAGGUCCUUUUCCUGCUCACCGCUUCUGCUCGCAACCUGUAGUCGUGUGUAGUUCCCUCUCAUGCAGUUUUUGCCUCCACAAGCUCCUGCUCUGGUCUGGGCAGGAAUGGGAUGAUGCUGAGACCUGAUGGGCAGGGCAGCUGGAGCUGGCUGCUCCAGGGGUGCAGUUCUCAGGCCCUAUUGGAAGAGAGGUCAGCCACUCAUUCACAUUGUGCUCACUGGUCUGUUCUUACCCUCUUCUCCUGGACUUACUCCCCUUUUCCUCACUGCAGGGGGCUUUUUUGUUUCGUUUUUAAUUUUCCUUCUUUUCUUUAAGUGCCUUUUUGUGUGGGUGGAGCUGGCAAGAGUAGGAGUCUCAGGAUAUGGCCCUUUGCACUCACCUCAGACCAGGAGAAAGCUCAGGAGGAGCAGGGCGAGUUGCCCCGAUGGCCCAUGGACAUCACCCAUUGCUGCUUCUCAGCCUUCAGGGCCCAGCUCAGAUGAGGAUGAGAUUUGUCAGUGGUGGUGUCAGGCUCUGGCUCAAAUCUGCUCAAAGAAAACCAAAGAGGUAGCUUUGUGUGAGGGGCUGCUUGGGCAGUGGUGGUGCUUCCUGUGAUCUCUGCAGAGCUCAGCCAAGGGGUGUUGGGGUGCAGAUCAAAGAGCAGCCCUGUCUCCUCACAAGCAUCCUGUAUAAGUAUCCUACAUGAUGGAGAACACAGCUGCGUUCUCCAGGACCCCUUGGAACAUGCAUCUUCCUUGUGCAGAAUUACACUCUAUAGAAAUCAUUCCCACAUAAAAGUUGUACCAUAUUUUAUACAAUAUCUAAUACACACGUCUGUCAUUUUAAAACUAGUACCUGUGUACCAGUUGUCAAGUUAUCCAGUCUCUGGAUUACCAGUAGAAAACUGGGGCUGAGGGUGGGAAAGGAUGCUGCAGAGUACCUCUUGUCAUGAUGCUAACUUGAGGCUUCAUCCCAAAGGUGACCCCCCAGCUUUGGGGGGUUGAGGGGUCCCUGCAUUGACACUGUGUGGAGCUGGCACAAGGCAGGAAACCAGCAUGUGGUGAAAGGCUCAGUGUGGUACUGCCCUGGGAAUGCUGCCCACCCCACUGCCUGGCCCUGCACUGCGGUUCUACACAGACCAAAAGAAGUACCUAGCCCUUGGAUACUGAGGAUUGGUUUGGCCCAAGGGUGAAAUGACAAGCUUAACUAAUAUGAUUGGGCAUCUUCAUGGCACAGAGGGGAGAGCAGCCUUCAUUCUGACUUGCCAGUGGAGAGGACAGGCUCUGCCCCCUGGGCUGGGCUGGGAAGCUGCCCUCAUCCCUGUGCUGCUGUUAUACUUGGUCCAUCAGUUGCAGGUCUCUUGUUGGUGUGAUCGCUGUGGUGAUAUUGGCCUCGCUCCCAUGUGAGGAUGUUGGAUAUCCAUGGGUUCCUGCAGAGCCCUCUGCUCUGUGUCUUGCCCUUGUCCUUGUGCCAAGCUUCACGCAGAGUUGUGUUGCUCUGUGUUUAGUCUCGUGGCCACAUCCUUGAGGCUGUGUCCAGGUGAGGGGAUGCUGUUCUUGUGGGUCAAAGGCGGUACAGUUGAGCUUUUCCAUCUGUUUGUCUGUAUUUGCAGUUCCGUUAGAAGCUGGAUGCUGAACCUGGGAAGGCCAGGGUGUUCCCUAGGAGAAAGCCUGGGAUGCCAGGUUAUCCCAGUGCCCUUCCCUGAGCUGCAGGGAUGGGGAGGGGUUGCCGGAAAGUGGCCUCCAACCUGUGGCAUGGUACAGUUGGGAGAUGGAGUUGUUUCACAGGUUGGUAGCACUGAAUACAGUCAAAGUGACGUUUUCUUCUUGUUAUCCUGAGGUUAGGCUCUAUAGCAGUUCUUCACCUUGAAAAUACGGUACUCAAAGCUUCUGGUCUUCUGUCUCCAGCUGAGAAACAGCAUUCUCUUCUCAGGUUUUGCUUUUGGGCCCUGUUUUCCUCUGAGCAGGGCUGAUCACUGGGAUCCCGCAGAGGAUGGUACCCUGGCUGCUCUUGCCGCUCCAGUGCAGAUUUCUGGCUAAGGAAGUGCUUGGUACUUAAUCACCCCCAGCAGCAGAUGUUUGGCCAGACUUUACAGAAGUGGCCUGUCACAGAGCCAGGCUGGAGGUUUGUCAGCUGUCAUGAGCCUGAAACAUGCACGGGCUGCAGGUGUCUCUGCUCCAGAGGUGGAUUUGGUGUCUCUGUUGUCUUUUCCUCCUGGAAGCAGUGUGGUAGUCAGUUUGUUCCAGGGUUUGUUGGGGAGAAAGCACUUGUCCCAGCAUUUGGUGCUUGGCAAAGCAGUCUAGCAUCCCAUCUCAACUCUUUGCUGAUCACAUAGCUUUAUAAUAGCAGGUGGUGUUUAUCCUCUGGGCAUCACUGUUGUACCACAUCCUUCCAAAUCCAAGUGAGAAAUUAGUAGGUGUGGGGUGCCUGGGUCAUAGGCCUUUAGUUGGAAGUGCCAAUAUUGAAUGCAUGUCUUCUGGAUUCGCCCAAAGAUCACUGUGGGAGGGUGAGGGGCUCCGGGUGAGCUCCUUUGUUCUCAGAAGCGACAGACUGGCUGGGCCUAGGUCAGCUCUAGUGUCAUCCCUGCUUUAGAGUCUCAGGUCCCAGCAGGCUGGGCUGGGUUGUCUUGGCCGGCAGGUUUUUACCCAGGGUACAUGCUCUGUCCUUCUGCAUUGUGCUGGUUUGGAUUCAUCAGUGUGGCUUCUGCAAUGGCUGUGCUUGCAUCGGCCGUGGCCAUUCCUCUGCUCUUCUCACUGAGGUUUAGUUGAGUGUUCAGGAAGGCGAGGAGGAGGUCCAACAGUCGGGAACAGGCAAUACUGCAGCCAACCUGUCUUCAUUUCUCAUACUAAGGGCAGGAGUUGCUGCUCCAGGGACUCUGCUUUUCUUGGAGACCGCACGGAAUUUGGAGAGUGGAAAUCCACCAGGACCCCGGCAGCAGUGCUCUGGUCCCAUUUGAUCCAUGUUCUCCCGAGCCAUGUAAGGGUGGCUUUACAUGCAGUUCAGGGUCAGGCCCUGCUGAGGGACCUCAGAGUUCUUGGCAUAUUUUUUCUCAAGCAGAGUCAGCCUCGAUACCUGAAUCACUGGGCAGGCGCCCAGAUGCCAAACACGCUGAAUCCGAAACUCCAAAUACUUGAGAUGCAUUCCUGGGAGCCAUGAGUGGCUGGUGCUUGGCAGCCGGAGGGCUCACACCAAACCUUUCUCCUACAGUCGGGUCCUUCCUGACUGCCCCGAGCCCUGUCCCGGCUGCUGCUGGCUGGGCCUUGAUCCCCCUGUUCAGGAGCGUGGUGGCUCUCCCUCCAUAGAGCAUUUUCAUGGCUGUCUAAUCCCGCUCAGCCACUCCAGCCGGUUCUUCCCUGUGUCUUACUUGCCAUCGUACGUGGUCUUUGCGAAUUGUAUCAUAUUGUACAUGACUUCGUGUUUCCAGGAUUGUAGUAUUCUGACUACAGUAUUUCCAUGUGUGUACAUAAACCUGAAUAAGCACAACUGAAAACCUGAAUGAAGUGUAUACGUUUCAUAUACUGAUUGUCAUACAAAUUAAUUUUAUAAUUAUUCCAAUUUUGUUGUAGAUUUCCAAUCUUUCCUAUUUAUUUUGUACCAGAUUUAUUUGUAUAUUUUGUGAUUUUGUUUAAAAGCAUUUUGUUUAUUUCUAUUCUUUUUAGAUAAAUGAUGAUUUUUUUUUCUGUUGAACAUUCCAGUUUAUGCAUUUUUCCCUCCUCCAUGCUCCCCCCUCAUAUCCAAGGGAUGGAUUUUGGCUUGCGGGUGGUGGGGCUGAUGGUGAUCCCGGACCCAAAUCUCUGCUACUGGCACAUCAACAGUCUUUACUCUCGACUUCAGCUGCCAAGAGCCACAGAGAGGCUGGAUCCUGUUCUCUUAAAGCCAGGUGUUGCUCUUCGCUUUGGUGGGUCUGGGCCCAUGAGUCCUCAAGCCGGGGAGGGGUGUGCUGGUGGUUUUGCUGAUCAGGGGCUGGCUGGGAAGCUGGUGGCAAUGGCAAGCAGCUGAAUUCCUCUUUCUGAAGUUCCCUCAAGGGUGAGGGUCUUUUUCUUCCAGUAAUAAAAACCCCUUAUUUACAA